CCCGAGGAAAAAAGGAAAAAAAAGGAAAAAGGAAGAACCGGAAGGAAAGAGGCCCCAUUGAACUUCCCAGCCCCCCAAAUCUUUGGCUGCAGAGAUGUGCUUUCCCUCUUCUGGAAGGGAGGCAUCCAGAGGGCUUUAGGACCCAGCGGGCGGCGGCAGGCGGCAGUUGUGUAGAUCACUGAGAGACUAAGAGGGUCCAGUUCAGUUUUAAUUCUGUGUCUAAUCUCUGCAACAGCAGCGCUCUCCCCAUCCCGAGCCCAGCUCGCCGCUACCUGGCCGGAAUAGCCCCGCCGCCGGCGCCGCCUCCUCCGCCUGCCGGCCUCCCCCAGCCCCCGCCGCCCUCCUCAGCCCAGCCACCCCCGUGCCCACUUUCCCCAGCCAUGGAAACCCGAGGAGAAAAAGUGGCCCCGGACGCCAGCGCCUGAGGACUGCGAGGGAGGAGGCGUCCAAAAAUGAAGACCUUGAUGCGCCAUGGGUUGGCUGUGUGUCUGGCGCUCACCACCAUGUGUACCAGCUUGUUGCUCAUGUACAGCGGCCUCGGCGGCGGCCAGAAGGAACACCCCCAGCAGCGGGAACAGGAGGCGGCAGCGCCGGGGGCCAGCGGCAAACCCGCAGCCCAGAGCAGCCGGCUCCUGGGGCUGGCGGGCGGCAACGGACACCCGGGGCAGUCUCCGCAGCGCCCGGGGAUUCCUCAAGGGGGGCGGCUGCUGGACGGAUACAUCAGCGUCUUGGAUCAUAAGUCCCUGAAGAUGCACUGCAGAGACUGCGCCCUGGUGACAAGCUCGGGUCACCUCCUGGGAAGCCGGCAGGGAGAGCGCAUAGACCAGACGGAGUGUGUGAUCCGUAUGAACGACGCGCCCACCCGCGGUUACGGCCGGGACGUGGGCAACAAGACUAGCCUUCGCGUCAUCGCCCAUUCCAGCAUCCAGAGGAUUCUCCACAAGAGGCAGGAACUCUUAAACAUGAGCCAGGGGACCGUGUUCAUCUUCUGGGGGCCCAGCAACUACAUGCGGAGGGAUGGCAAAGGGCUGGUCUACAACAACCUGCAGCUGAUGAAUCAGGUCCUCCCCAGACUAAAGGUCUUCAUGAUCACCAGGCACAAGAUGCUCCACUUUGACGAGCUCUUCAAACGGGAAACUGGCAAAGACAGGAAGAUCUCCAACACUUGGCUCAGCACUGGCUGGUUCACAAUGACGAUUGCCUUAGAGCUCUGUGACCGAAUAAAUGUCUAUGGCAUGGUGCCCCCCGAUUUCUGCAGGGACCCCAAACACCCUUCAGUACCUUAUCACUAUUACGAACCUUUGGGACCAGAUGAGUGCACGAUGUACCUCUCACACGAGCGAGGACGGAAGGGGAGCCAUCACCGGUUCAUCACGGAGAAGCGUGUCUUUGAGAACUGGGCCAGAGCCUUCAAUAUCCACUUUUUUCAACCAGACUGGAAGCCGGAAUCACUUGCUAUCAAUCACCCUGAGAUCAAACCGGUGUUCUGAAGGAUGACUGCACAAAGCUGUAAUUGCUAUCACCUAGACUAUCGAGCUUCAGGGUCUUCAGCUUCACCUUGGGGCCAGCCGAUGUGAAAGAGAGAGUUAGCAGGACCUGGAGAUGAAAAUUGCUCCAGUACUCCAGAGGUUACCACGAAUGAAUAUGUAUGAGAUGUGACUGUCAAGUAAUAUAGCCCAUUUUUUUUCUUUUUUUGACCAAUUAACCAGAAUUUUAUCCAGCCAAACACUGUCUCCUCCAAGCCAGGCAGCUUGGGAUGCCAUCCAUGUAUCUCAAUGAUAUCAUCAUUGUUAAAAAAUAGUUUGGGUUUCUUCUUUUUGCCUCGCCUUCAAAGACAGUUUAUGAGCCAUGAAAAGAAGGCCCUUGAUUGCUCGACAGUCACAUCUUGUAAGAGUGUUUUGCCUUUUGAAGUGUAUUUUAACCUAAUAUCUGACUUCUGCCAUCUUUCCAAACAGUGGGUGUAGGAUUUGUCAAAGGCAGCCUGGGCCAGUCUAGACGUGGCUUUUAAAUAGCACAUUUCCACAGACUUUCAUAACGCAAAUCUACAGUAUUUAGUUUUCAAGGGAUUUCUACUGACACUAGGCUAGUGUUGACUUGGGUUUUUCUACACUCUAGCUAUGUGGUUCUCUGCUUUUCAUAACCCUUUAUGUCUCCAAUGAAAAUUGAUGCUGGUUUGGGAAGGCUUCCCUUUACAGUGA